AUGGUUGCCCGUCCGGCCCUCCGAAGGGUCGCGAUCCCUUCGUCGCUCAGAACCUCCACCACACACCUCGAAUCCCGGAUAUCACGGUCCCCCUUCUCGACAACCCUCCAGUCGCGCAACAACCAGAAGCCAAACAACAACAACUCAGUACCCGAAUAUGCCAUUCCCGAUCCUGCGCGCCCUACCCACUUCGGUUUCGAGACCGUCACCGAGGCCGAGAAGAGAGAGCGUGUUGCCGGCGUCUUUACCAGUGUCGCUGAGUCGUAUGAUCGCAUGAACGAUCUCAUGUCUUUUGGAUGGCAUCGCGUAUGGAAGGACCACUUCGUCUCCUCCCUCAACCCAGGCUUCACCCCCCUCACCGCCCCCGGCUCCUCCCCGCUCGCCCCCCAACACAUCCUCGACAUCGCCGGCGGCACCGGCGAUAUCGCCUUCCGCAUGCUUCACAACGCGCACGUCAUCAACGGCAACCAGGACGUGCGCGUCACCAUUUCCGACAUCAACCCCGCCAUGUUGACCGUCGGCAAACAGCGCAGCUCCGCCCUCCCAGCCUCGCAACAAGCAGUCCUGUCCUUCCUCGAAGCCAACGCCGAGGACCUCACCCAGACCAAGCCGCUGGGCGCCAACCAAGUCGGCUACUCCCCCACGAACGGAAUCCCCGACGAGUCCGUCGACCUGUACACCGUCGCCUUCGGCAUCCGCAACUUUUCCAACAUCCCCGCCGCUUUGCGGGAGGCGUACCGCGUGCUCAAGCCCGGCGGCGUGUUUGCUUGCUUGGAGUUCAGCAAGGCCGAUAAGCACCCUCUUUUCAACACUAUUUACAAGCAGUGGAGCUUUUCGGCGAUCCCGCUGAUCGGACAGCUGGUCGCGGGCGAUCGCGAUAGUUACCAGUAUCUUGUCGAGAGUAUCGAAAAGUUCCCUAGCCAGGAGGAUUUUAGGGAUAUGAUUGUCGAUGCGGGCUUCGUGGUGGGCGGAAAGGGGUAUGAGGACUUGACGGGCGGCGUGGCUGCUAUUCAUAAGGGGAUGAAGCCUAGGAGGAAGUAA